CAAAUUAAUUCAUCAUGCACUGAAGCGUUGGUUGCUGCUCUAUUUUUUAUUAUUAAUAAUGUGAAUUAAAAUUAAUAGCUGAACAUGUCCAUAUGAAUUCAUCAUGCAUUGAAGUGUCAGUUUUUUUUUUUUUUUUAUUAUUAAUAACAAUAAUAAUGCAAAUCAAAAUUAAUAGCUAAACACUUCCAGAAUAAUUCAUCAUGCAACAAAGUACCAGUUUCUAUUUUGUUGUUUUUUGACUUUUCCGAGAAAUGGCUCUUUAGGUUCCUGGAAUCAUUGGGAAAGGCUUUUAAUUGCACUGAAGUUACAGAUGAAGACAUAUGAUGAUGAAGAUGCUCUCUUAAGUGAUGUCAGGCAGGCACGUGAGCAGUGAUGCAUUGUGAAGUGCAGCUGAUACAACCACCUGAUGGCAGCAUGUCAUGCAAGUGGUGCUGGGCAAGGCUUGACCAUAGAAAUUUUGCAGGUAAUGCAGGCACAUUCUCAGUCUAUUUUUCUCAAUCAAGAUUAGAAACAUUUAGAUUAAAUAAAUAUCAUUAAUAUAUAUGUUUCAAACUGUUAACACUUUAGUUAAAUUAAGAUUAACCAAUUAAAUUCAAUAAAAGCAACAAUAACAUCAUGACAUUAUGCUGCUGAAACAUAAUGUUUCUAAAUGAUUUUGUUUGUGUGUGUGUGUGUGUGUGUGUGUGUGUGUGUGUUUACACUGGCCAGGAGCCACCUUCUUUACGGGUGUUUUUAGAAGAGCUAAUACUCUCUACCUUAAAUCACAUUCACCCAAUAUAACCUCUCUGCUACUUUAGUAUCUUUCUUAUUGUAUAUUUCUGUCUGUAGUAUACCAGUCAACUGUGUCCACGAAUUAUGCACUCAAUUAAUAUACAUUAAGAUGUAUUGUGCCAUUCCAAAUAAUGAAAUAAUGCUUGCCAUGUUUUAGUGACCAAGGUAAAUAUCAGUGAAACACAUCCUUGUCCUAUCUCUAAUCUACCUCAUAUUCUCUGUUUAGUGUACACUUCAAGGCAGGCAAAAAUGGAUCCACUGCUGUUUGACAAUUCGUCACUUAUUAUUUAAAAAAAAAAGGAUCCCACUUUGAUUAAUGGAGCAGUUUUCAAGUGAUUAAAAAUCCAUCAUCAGUAAGGUGCACUUCUAGCCAACAUUUUGCAUAAUUCAUUUGGCAAGUGUAAUCCCUUUAGUUCUACUCACACCGCUUCAAGCAGGAUCCGAACCAGCGUUUCCAGCUUGAGAGGCGGGCACGCUAACAAGGACGCUAAAAACCAUAGCCUCAGUCGCUAACACACCUCUUGAGGCCAAAGGAGUGAGGUUUUACCUUAUUUUUGAGGUUUAUCUCUUUACUAGCUGGCCUCUGUUAGACUAGUUCACCAAAAUGUGGUUUGACCUCCUUGUGCACAAGAAAAGUAACUGCUAAGUUUAACUCAGAUGGGGUUUGGCCAGGAUCAGAAAUAGCAGUUUUGAAGCCUUAGCUGGGUGCCUGGCAGCAGGUAUAGGGCUCAGGAAAGAUCUGUUGCUGUUUAAGGAGAACUGGAUUCAAUCAUGUGUGUAUUAACUGAUUAGUGAGCUCUGGGAAUCCCAUUAGAGCCAAGCUACCAUUGCUAAUGCUGAUUAAGUCCCUCUAGAGCCCACCAUACACCACAGUCCACAGUAAAAUCUCAUCCUCUCCCAGUAAUGAAGCUGCAUGAAAAGCACUCUUUUUUUUUUUUUUUUACUUUUCAUUUCCAUUAAUGUGAUGCAGUAUUUUGUAGAUUGACUGUAUUAACUGACAGUAAGCCUACAUCCAUGGUGACCAUGGUCAAUGUGUUCAAUAAGUCUACCAAUAUUUCUCUGUCUGGUGUUUCCUCAUUUUCCUCAUGUGAAAUAACAUUAGUGGAUUUUUGCUAAGGCAAGCCUUACUUGCUUAGGUUUAGGUGUUUGCUGAAAUCCCCAACCUUAAGUAUUAAACUUAUUUUCUAAGCGAUCAGACCAUUUUCACACAGUGAAUGAACAACCAGAACAUCCUAGCCACCACCUAGCAACACCCUUGUACCCACAAAUCGCUAGUAUUUGGGCAGCAAUUUUAGCGCAGGCAAGUACCAUUCACAUUUUCUUUAAUUAAGAAUGUGCACUUUAUUUCAGAACUAUGGUUAUGGACAAACUCCUUCAUUUAAAUAUGAUUGCACUGAAGGGUUUACAUAAAAGAGUACCAUUGUAAAUGAUUGUGGUGUUUUGGACAUGUACAGUAUCAUGGUAUGUAUCUAAGUAUACAUGUAUAUGUGAAUGGUACAGUGGUAUAUCAUGUGUCAUGAUGUAUCAGCAAUUGAUACCAUUACUGUAUCCUGGUACAGCAACAGUAAGGGGGCAAGCGAGUCACUACCUUUUAGUUUGCAUUGUUUGGUAUUUCCUGAUUUUGCCUUGUGAAGACUUUCUCCUCAUCAGGUCUCUGUCUGAAGUCUUGUGCAGAGUGCACAUUUAGUAAAUUCUGUCUCAAGCACUUUAUCCAGCUUAUAGCCAACAUUAACUGAUCCUACUGACCUGCUUAGCUCAGUUCAGCCAAUCAGAUACUUUCUUUUGAUAUCUUUUACUCCUCUGCCCUGCCUCUAUUAUUUUAAAUAUAAACGUUGUGUCAAAAUUGUAUAUGUCAUUUUACAUGGAUUUUCAUCCUGUAUGCACGUAUUUUGUACCCUUUGCAUUUACAUUGUUUACCGUUUUAUCUUAUUUCAUGAGAGAUUUAUUGACAGAAAUCUCUCAGAAGUGUUAAGGUACUGAACUUUGACCCUGAAGGGCUCUUAUUCGCUCAGGUUUUCUCUACUCUGCAUCAUGUGAUGUCAGUGAUGGAUGCUCUGAGUAGCCAGGGCAUGAGUGCUGAGUAAGUAAUCCUAUUUGGGAAACUUGAGCUUCCGUCUCGCUUUCGGCGUGGCAAUCUGUUGAUCGCUUCUCAGCUCAUUGAAUUGGAAAAACGUGUUGUGCUUUUUCUUCACCAAGUUGGUAUAUAGAUUGCGUAGAUAUUUUGCAUAUGUCUUACUUUACCUGCCUUUUGAGAAGAAUGCUGUGCAUAACAACAAUAUCUAGGAUGAAGAGAAUCAAAGGAACGACUCUUUGAUGGAGAUGAAGAAGUGGAUUUUUCAAAGAGCAGCAAAAUGUACAAAGAAGUGUUGGGAAGUUUAUUACUUCACAGAUGCAGAUGACCCUGAAUGGGCCACCUAAACUCCUCUCUGAAAAGGAGAUUCAGCGAGUUCCUAUUUCAUGAGUAAUGGUGGCAAGAUAAGCCUGUGGUUGUCAUGGUAACAUUCAGUGACACGACUGACAUUCACAAGAUGCAGCCACCAUCCUGCAUAUCCACUCCAAUGUCACCAGGUGUACGGCGCAAACAACUGCUGUGGCAGAAUGCUGUGAAACACAUCAUCAGCCAACGGGGGCUGAGGCAGCAGUUCGGCAUGGAGCCGGCCCAGAAGAUUCACGUCACUGAUGCCUAUAUUGAGGAAAUCAACCAACAGAUACGCAACAAAGCAUCACGGGGUAUGACAAAACGGCGUUCCUCGGUUGCCAGAGUUCAUCCAUCCUUUUUCGGGGAACGCGGUAGUUCAUCUAGUACGCAGACUGGAGCAUCUGCGGACUAUGUCAGUGAUGCUGACUUUUUUGUGCACUGGGGCCACAUCAUCCAUGGGGUGUAUGUGCCAACAUUGAGACACAUCUUCAAAUCCAAAGAUCUCGAGAAACUCUACCAGCGCCAUUCCUCACACACCAGAAGAACCUCAUUAGUUGUCACAAACAUUAUUGAUGCAGCUGCCAAACUGCACCUGCUUUUGCUCUACCUGGCCCUGGCACCGGAUGGUUCGGACAUACUCCUGGGCUGGUUUACAGGGUUCUUCAUGGCCUGCGCAACUGCCCUGUGUGUUUUGGUACUCACCUGUAAACGCUCACAUUCCCCAAGGUGGUUGCAUUACGCUGGUAUGGCUAGCUGGCUGUCACAGACUGCUCAGAUAUUGGGUGGGCUGGCAUACGGAUUGGAAAGAGACCAAUCCUGGUAUGUUCUGUUCACCCUGUUUGCCACAUACACUCUGCUGCCACUGUCACUGCUCUGGGCUAUCGGAGCUGGCACACUCACCUCCAUAUUGCACCUCAUUGCAGAGACCAUACGUAACCUCAGUGAAGUGGGACUGCUAAGAAAGAUUCUCGCCAAGGCUUUACUGUACACAUGCAUGAACGUGGCGGGUCUGUUCAUCCAUUACCUGACCGACCGGUCCCAGAGACAAGCCUUUCUUGAGACACGCCGCUGCAUCGAAGGCCGCAUGAAACUAGAAACGGAAAACCAGAGACAGGAGCGUUUGGUGCUGUCGAUCCUACCCCGCUUUGUUGCCUUGGAGAUGAUUGCUGAUAUGACUUCUAUGGAUGAUGACCUCGAUCCUCAGCAAUUUCACAAAAUAUAUAUCCAUCAGUACAAAGAUGUCAGUAUCCUCUUUGCUGAUAUAAAGGGCUUCACACUAUUAUCCAUGAACAUGUCUGCUCAGGAGUUAGUGCGCUUACUCAAUGAGCUCUUUGGACAAUUUGACCGGCUAGCUGAGGAAUAUGACUGCUUGAGAAUAAAAAUCUUAGGGGACUGUUACUACUGUGUGUCUGGAGUACCAGAGCCUCAGCGAGCACAUGCCCGCUGCUGUGUGGAGAUGGGACUAGCUAUGAUCAGCACUAUACGAUCUAUAAGGAGACAACUGAACUUUGACAUGGAUAUGCGGAUUGGGAUCCACUCUGGCUCUGUUCUUUGUGGGGUUCUUGGUCUACAAAAAUGGCAGUUUGAUGUGUGGUCCUGGGAUGUAGGCAUUGCCAACAUGCUUGAAGCAGGGGGGAUCCCUGGACGCAUUCACAUUUCACGCGCUACUUUGGACUGCUUGGAUGGGAACUACCAAACAGAGGAAGGGCGUGGUUAUGAACGCAAUGAGUUCCUGCGAAAACACAAAAUUGACACUUUCCUUAUCUGCCACAAGGAAGAGGACCUAGAUGAAAUUAAAGCAGAUCAUUCAAAAACCCGUCCCUGGAACAAAGAGGUUCCAUGUAGCAACAUCAUUGAUAUUAACUGUAUCUUGGCCUCCUUCUCCAGUGGCUCUUACACACAACUUCCUUCAUCCUCAGUGUGCAGAUCCACGUCCAAGGAGAUCAACAAACGGAUAGAGCACGCAGUUGAUCUCCGCAGCAGUGAGCGCAUGCGUCAGGAGCACAUCACUCCAGCCACGUUGGUGUUUAAGGAUACACACAUUGAGGAGAAGUUCUCACAGGUGAGGGAUGAGAUGUUUAAGACCAAUUUAGUUUGCUCCUUCAUCAUGUUUCUUCUCCUCAUGACUGUCCAAGCCCUCAUCCCUGUACCCAGGUUGUAUCACUGGACAGCAUUACAGUUUUGUCUGUUCUUGCUGGGAUAUCUAUUAUUGCUUGUGAUGGUCCUGGCUGAAGAGUUCAAACAUUCUCCUGGCAUCCUUCAGCAGUUCUGCUGCUGGAUCCAUGAAAACAACAGUAUGCGUAACAUUCUCACUGUCACGGCUAUAGCCAUCAACUUUGGCAUGGCCCUCUUUGACAUGAUAUGGUGUAACUAUACUGAGACAAGAGAAAUAAACACCAGUGAAACAGAGGAAUAUCAGACCAGCCAGAAGACGCUUACUGCCUGCACCUAUCCAGAGUUCUUCAUUCUGAGUGGAGUGGUUUCUAUGGUGACCUGUGCUGUGUUCCUGAGGCUGAGCUCUCUCUUGAAGUUGACUAUUCUGUUGUUGGUGGUGGCCGUCUAUAUUUACUUCAUUGAAGUGUCCUUCCACAUGCUGUAUGUACAACAACCAGAGCAGAAACAGUUAAGUAGGUCCCACUACCUCAGAAGAAAGGGAGUCUCAAUGCUGUUGAUGGCAAUGUUUGUCAUAGCUGUGUUCUACAAUGGACGACGGUGGGAGGCCACAACACGGCUGGACUUCCUAUGGCGUUUGCAAGCUCAGCAGGAAGUGCAGGAGAUGAGAGACCUGAGGGAACACAAUGAGUGUCUACUGCAUAACAUCCUGCCUGCACAUGUUGCUCGUCACUUUCUAGAGAGGAACAGACAUGACCAGGAGCUGUACUCUCAGUCCUAUGAUGAGGUGGGGGUGAUGUUUGCCUCCAUCGCUGGCUUUAAUGACUACUAUGAGCAGAAGGAGAUCAAACAUGAGGGAGUUGAGUGUCUCAGACUGCUCAAUGAGAUCAUUGCAGACUUUGAUGAGUUGUUGGAGGAAUCAUAUUUUUUGGACAUUGAGAAAAUCAAAACCAUUGGCAGUUGCUACAUGGCAGCAUCUGGUUUAUCACCGGAUAAACAGUCUCGUGUUGUGAAUGACCUACAUCAUCUCAGUGAGUUGGUUCUGUUCGCUCUGGCUAUGCAAGAGACCCUGAGAGAGAUCAACAAACAUUCUUCAAACAAUUUCCAGCUGCGUGUUGGAAUUGCCCAUGGCCCUGUUGUUGCUGGGGUCAUCGGUGCCACCAAACCCCAGUAUGAUAUCUGGGGCAUGACAGUGAAUUUGGCAAGCCGGAUGGACAGUACUGGAGUCAGUGGAAGGAUUCAGGUCCCUGAGGCCACACGUAAUAUUCUAGCAGACUGGGGUUUUGUGCUAGAGCUACGUGGUGAGAUAUACAUCAAGGGUGUCAGUGAGAGAAAGGGACGUGUCCGAACGUACUUCAUCAGCACCAAAAGGCGUCAGAUGGCAAGCAACGGUAUUGCAGACAGAGGAAAGAAUGGACGCAGUGGGAGGACCACCCUGGCCGCUGUGGUCUUUGGCCUUGUACAGGCCAUUCACAGAGAGAAACAGAGAGGUACCAAUGGAGGUUUCACUCUGCCAAACAGCAACUUUAGCCACUUAAAAUUAUGAUGUGAAACAUCAAACUUGCAUUCACUGUAACUUGAGUUGAGACACUGCCUUCAUCUUCAAAAGAAUACCUCAAAUAUCAUAUAAAAUCCUCAUAUGGACUUGUCUAUAGAACACAAGUAGAAUAAUUGAAUUAAAAUUAUAUUUUCAUACAUUUCACUUGGGACUUCUUAUAAUGAAACAAUCUGAUGAGACUUUGCAGUUGUAUAUUUUACUUUGCUACAGCCAAUGUAAACGUUCUGAUAAUCAUGUGAAAAAGGCGGUUUACAGAAUUGUUCCUUAUUCCUGCCAUGACAGCAUAAAAUACCUCAUAUGUACAAAUUGUGUACAAACUGUCUCUUCUUUGUAAGUUUCAUGAUCACUACAAUUAUUUUGUACCUCACAAAAAUAAUAAAGA